AUGAUGCACCUAUUUUUUCACUGCCCUUUUGCUGAAACCGUGUGGAUUGGUACAAACGAAGGAAUCUUGGACCUCAUCCAAGAGCAAGACUGUCUUAAGGGAGCUUGGCUUGCCUUAGACCAGUCUCAACAUCUUAUGCAGGCAAAAAUUGAAUUAAUGUCAAAGGUGGUGUGGAUAAUGUGGUCAUUAUGGCAGUCCCGUAAUGGAUUGAUUUUUAGAGAUGAGUUUGAUGAUCCCAGCAGGGUGAUCUCAGCUGCGACAAUUCUCCAGACAGAAGCCAAACGUGCUGAACUGAGCUUGCAAGUCAUGAAUAGUACGCGAAGUUCGGAGACAGUCAUUACUGCCACAGCGGUUUGGACCCCCCCUCCUCCUACCAGCUUCAAAAUUAACUUUGACGGGGCCUUUAAGGCGGAUCUUUCAAUAGGGGUUGGGGCGUGUGUGGUCCGAGACCAUUCCGGGAAAGUAAUCCACACGGUAACGAACAGGUAUUUCAAUGUCAUCUCCCCAGCUAUGGUGGAGGCCAGGGCUAUGAGAGAUGCUAUUCUACUUGCUAAACGCAUAAGACUGCCAACGGUGAUUUUCGAGGGGGACGCUAAAGGUAUUUUGGAAGCCAUGUCUUUGGGAACGAAGGUUGACUCUUCUUGUGAAGUUAUCCUUGAAGAUUGUAGAGCCAUGCUGGCUAAUGAUCAAUCUUAUUCGUUUCAGUUUGUUAGACGUGCAUGUAAUUGGGUGGCGAAUAUGUUAGCCAAAAAAGCCCUUAGAGAUGUAAAUUUUGGUUGUAAUUCUCUAGCCCAAAUGGUGUGGCUAGAUGUGAGACUCUCCGAGUCGAUUUCUAAUCAAUGA